AAACUUCAAAUUACGGAUUGAUAUUUUGGAUUUUGGAUGAGUAGUCUUGAAUAACAUCAGAGGAUAUUAUUUCCUAUAUCAGCUUGCAAUGAUAUUAGAUUUCGUUCGAGAAAACGCUGAAGUUUCAUGAGAUCAGGCUUCGAUGAGAAUGUGAAUCAUUUUCAUAAAAUGUCAUGAAUUUUUCUUCGAACGAGAUAAUUUUAGAAGCACAAAGAGGACGGCAAUGGAGCCCUUUAAUUACCCAACAGCUACGGUUGAGGCAUAUAAAUCAAGUGUGGUGCUUGAAUUUGAAAUGCGAAAGAAAUAAGUUACUAAAAUUCUAUUUCACCUUACAUUUAACUACUAUGAGUGCCCCCUUUUAUACCAGUGACAAAACUUGUGGGCCUCAUCCAAAAUGGCAAGAUUUAAUUUUGAACAACUACCCAACAACAACAGCUGUUGUUUUACGUAUAUGGCAGCAUGAAGAAAACAAUAGUGAUUGUGACAAAAUGAUACUUGUUUGGGGUCUCCAUCUGUCUGGAAUGGUUUAUCUUGGGAACAAAAUAGUAGAUGUUCAACCUUCAUUAUUUAAUCAUAAUACUGUGAUAUUUUGUAUGUUUGGAGGUUUCUUUACUAGUGUUAAUUGUAUCAGGAACGAUAUACACCAAUUACCUGAUUCUCUCAGUCAACAUUUGAAUGUAAUAGAUUUUCCUACAAAUAGAAUAGUCUACAAAAGAAUAACUACUCUAUAUAACCCAAACAAUGUUAAGAGAAGUUAUAAUGUGGAUAAAUUGAAAAAAUUGCAUUAUAAAGAGGUAACAAUUAAAAAUAAAACAAUAGAUGUUCAACAGUUGAAAGAGAAAAUAACAAAACUAGAUGUUUCAUUGCAAAAACAUGAUCAACAAGUGCCAUUGAUGAAAACAAAAAGUACAUCACAAUUACUUACAAUGGAUCAUCUGAAUAGAAUGUUAGAUGAAAAACCAACUCCCUUUCAGAAGCAAGAGAUGUUCAGGAUGAAAGUAGAAAUUGAAAGUGCUAAAUCUAAAACUAAAUUAGCUGGACAGUGCUUGGAGCAGAAGUGGGCUACCAUUAAGCAAUUAAGAAAGAGCUAUUCUGAAUUGAUGGAAAGUAAUACUGAAAAAGAGUCUGAACUAAUGGAAAAAUUUCGUAUUCUGAGCAAGGAGAAAGAAAAAUUGAAGGAAUAUCAUAAAUUAGUUAAACAACAUCAGGAGCUAUUAAUUCACAAAAAAUCUCAGUUGUCUCAACGAAAGCGUCAACUUUUACAACAGCUAUUAUGGAUUUAUCCCAUAGAAGAAGUAUCUGACAAAAAAUAUACGAUAAAUGGCAUGCACCUACCCAACUCAGAUCUCUUGUCAGACAUUACUGAUGACGGGGUGUCGGUAGCUCUGGGAUACGUAACCCAUAUUUUGAUGAUGUGUUCGAAAUUCUUACAAGUACCUCUGAGGUAUCCAAUGACUCAUGUCGGCUCACGAUCAACAGUGAUAGAUGAAACAUCACCUGAUUUGCCAGAAAAAGAAUUCCCUCUCUACACUAAAGGAAAGGAUCGCAUGCAGUUUACGUAUGGUGUUUUCUUAUUGAACAAAAACAUUGCUCAGCUAAGAUGGUUAUACAAUAUGCAUACACAGGACUUAAAACUAACACUACCUAAUCUUCUGAAUUUCCUUCAAGGCUAUAAAGAGUCCAAGCAAGAAAGGUUUAUGGUUUCUCUUCCAGAUAUUACAAACAAUAGUGAAAAUAUCAAUUCCCAAAAUAUACUAUCUGCAGUCCAGAAACUACCGCCUCUAUGUUCGUUCAAUGAAUGGAGUUCAAUAAACGAUAAGAAAAUAGAAUGUCCUAUUUCUCCUGAAGCAAGGAGGGUGAAAUGCAGAUCGGAUAAUGGUGAUAUGAAGAGUAGUCAUUUAUAUAAGGGUGAUUAUUUAACUCUUUCGGAAUUAUUGAUAAAUAAACAAAUUACCAAUGAAUCUGUCACAAGUUAUUUGUCACGGGAUAAUGGUGGUACAUGUGGGCCAAGCCAUCCACCAACUGAAGAAAGUACAAGAAACAUUUCAAAUAAUCAACUCAACUGUGAUAUAAGUUCGAAUAAGGAUAGUAAUAACAAAAAAGUAGACUGUUUACAACAUAGUGAAUCUGUGGAAGAAGGGACAGACCUGUUGAACCCCAAAUCAUCAUUAAGUGAUUUAGUGGUAGAUACAAAUGGUGCUGGUUCUGGAAAUUUGGAACCUAAGUUAUUGCAUUGUGACAGAACAGGAGUUUUCAUUAGCAAUAGUAAAAAUGAUUCUUCUGGAAAAGCUAAUUUAAUUUGCAAAGACCAAGAGGAGUUCUUGCAGAACUGGCUGAGGACAGGGCCUGCCUUAGUUUGUUCUGAUAAAAAUCUCUAUCCUGAUGAAUAUUUAGGUUCCACUUCCUCAGUUCAAAGUGCCGAGAGUCCUUUAACAGCUCGUACGGAUGCUUUAGUUUCCAAUAAGUCAUUCAAUUUGGUUAAACCAAAAUAUUGACCUAUUUUAAUUACAACGAAGUAUUAUAGCUUGAAUAAUUUUUAUUCUUUAUUGUGAUUUUUCCAUUAUUUCAUUGUUUCUUAUAUAAAUAAUUCCUAUAAGCUUUAAGUAACUUUCUCAAUCAUUAAAUUUUGAUGUUAUUGGUAAAAUAUUCGUUUCUGAUGAGGCUUCAUUGAGAGUGAGUAUUGCAAUGUAAAGAUAGGAUGCUAAGGAAUAUAUGAUGAAAUGAUUGAGUGUUAA